CGAGAAGACUACUUGCUUUUGCUUUAGUCGGUCAGUUUGUCGUUACUCAGGCGUUAUCAUGUUUUUUUUAUUAGCCUCGCUGUAAAAUAGCCACCACUUAGCGAUGUUCAGACUCGAGGACAAGGGGAGGAGAUGACAAGCAACAGCCACCACUUGGUAUCCAGCAACCAAGCAGUUGUAGGUAGAAGCAAAUCCCGGAACUUGAAACGGUAGAAGGGGAGCUAACGUUAGCUAGCUUUUUGUUGACAGUGUGUCUGCUGUCAAACCAGAACCCGACCUCAUUUAAAGUUACUCUAGUUAGCUAGCUGGCUACAUUAAGACUUGUACCAGCGACCUUCAUUUAUCUGCCGGCUAGACUUUGUAUUUGGACCGAAAUUCGGUAGAAGUUUCCGUCACUUUUAACCACUUGUGGAUCUAGAAGAUGGCAUCAAGAGCAGGCUUCACGGGUCCCCCGAUGAAUCCGAACGUGAAUCCCAUGAAUGUGGGGCAUUCAGCGGGCAUGAGGAUGCCAGGAAUGCCUCAACCUCCGGUGGGAUACCCCCGGAGCAUGAAUACGGCGCCACAGUACCUCCAGCGCCCAGGGAUGCCACCCAAUAGAGUUGGGGGCCCCAUGGGGUCAAUGGGGGGUCAGAUGCCUGGUCCCUCUUACGGUGGGGGGAACAUACCCAUGCGGCCAGGCAUGGGGCCUCCAAGCAUGGACGCCUCACGGAAGCGGUUCCUUCAUCAGCAUCAACAGCAGCAGCAAGAGGCGUUGGGAGGAGGCCUCAGACGAGGGGCAAAAAGACGCAAGAUGGCAGACAAGGUUCUCCCACAAAGGAUCCGAGACCUGGUCCCGGAGUCCCAGGCCUACAUGGACCUCUUGGCCUUUGAGAGGAAACUGGAUCAGACCAUCGCCCGAAAGCGUAUGGAGAUUCAGGAAGCCAUCAAGAAGCCCAUUAUGCAAAAACGCAAACUCAGGAUCUACAUUUCCAACACGUACACGCCCAGCAAGCCUGAGGGCGAGGAGGCAGAGAAGGUGUCCUCCUGGGAGCUGAGAGUGGAGGGCAAACUUUUGGAGGAACCUGGGAAGCAAAAGAGGAAGUUCUCAUCUUUCUUCAAGAGCCUGGUGAUCGAGCUAGAUAAGGAGCUCUAUGGACCUGACAACCACUUAGUAGAGUGGCAUAGAAUGCCCACCACUCAGGAGACAGAUGGUUUCCAGGUUAAAAGACCCGGCGAUGUGAAUGUUAAAUGCACCCUACUGCUCAUGCUCGACCACCAGCCCCCUCAGUACAAACUGGACCCACGGCUGGCUCGUCUGCUGGGUGUGCACACACAAACGCGGGCCAGCAUCAUGCAAGCUCUCUGGCUCUAUAUCAAGAACAACAAGCUGCAGGAUUGUCAUGAGAAGGAGUACAUCAACUGCAACCGCUAUUUCAGACAAAUCUUCGGCUGUCCUCGCAUGAGGUUCUCUGAGAUUCCCAUGAAACUGGCGGGCCUGCUGCAGCACCCUGACCCCAUCAUUAUCAAUCACAUCAUUAGUGUGGACCCCACAGAUCAAAAGAAAACAGCUUGUUAUGACAUUGAUGUGGAGGUGGACGACCCACUGAAGGGCCAAAUGAACAGCUUCUUGUCCUCUACAACCAACCAACAAGAAAUUGCUGCACUGGAGAUGAAGAUCCAUGAGACGAUUGAGUACAUUAAUCAGCUGAAGACCGAGAGAGACUUCAUGCUGAGCUUCAGCAAUAAUCCACAGGAGUUCAUCCAGGACUGGCUCAAGUCUCAGAGCAGAGAUCUGAAGUUGAUGACAGAUGUGACUGGAAACCCAGAGGAGGAGAGAAGGACUGAGUUCUACCAGGCGCCCUGGUUACCAGAGGCAGUGGGCAGAUACGUUUACUCCAAAGUGCAACAGAGAAGACAAGAGUUGGAGCAGGUGCUGGGUAUCCGACUCACCUAAAGACCAGCUUAGGUUUACACUUCAGAUGUUAAUGUCUUCUCAAUUAAAAUUGGAAUCAGCUUGGAAAGACACAAGCUAAUGUUGCAGCUUAAGCGUUCACUAAGCCAUCCUCACUGACAUGGUAUGAGAUACCAGCUUCUAAGUGGGAUGCAUAUCUUUGUCGUUCCCAUAGAUAACAAUUUUUAAAAUCAACAGUUAAUGGGACCACGUAGGUUAUUUACAUGUCCUUAAUAAUAUGUUUGCCUUACAUUAUAUGUCAUUUUGAGCCUGUUCAAAUAAUCUUUGCUAUGUUUUGCAAUAUAUUUUGUUUAUGGUACAAUAUGUUUUAAAAAUUGUAAGUAUCGGUGCUGUUUAGGUGUUUGUCACCAUCACUUUGUGUCUUGUUUUGAAAGGGGCUCUGUUUACCUUCAAAUUUUAAAGCCAUAACCUUUAGAUAGGAGCCAUAACCUUUAGAUAGGAACAAUACCAGGUGUCUGGUAACAUCUCAAUAAACAUGGUAGAAUUAAGCAUUUCAUUCCAAAAUAUAGACAGAAUUACAUUUAUAAAAUGUUGUUUUUAUCCUCAAAGAACAGAAGAAUUCUUAAGAUGUCUAAUGACUUAGACAAGAAGCUUUUGAUGCCAAUAAAAACUUAACAGGUUUUUGAGCUGUGUUGUAUUGAUGGGUAUACGAUUUGAAUUGAAACAUUUCUUUACUAUAUAAGAAACCAGGAUUUCCAGGACAGCUCUACUCUGGGAAGAGAUCUAGCUCCUUGUUUGUGCAUGGACACAAAUCUCUGUCCAGCUGUAAUUCAGCAUUUUAUUCUGUACUUCUUGAAUGUUUACAUGGUGUUUUCGUUUGUUAUUGGGGUUUUUCAUUGUCUUAAAGGCAGGAAGGGGAACUGUGGCAGGAUCUUUGGGUUGAAGGGUUUUUCCUGUAAGAUCCAUACCUCCCAAGAAGGUUAACUGGUGUUAAUAAUAAUAGGAAUGCAGUUGUACUGUGUCAACUAGGCAUGUGCACCAAAUUGUUGUUUACAGCAGUAUGAGAAGAUCACCAGAAUUUCUUGAAACAUUCCAUGUUAGCAGAUAUCACUGUGCCAAAAUUUGUUUUGUGAAGAAGGCACUUAGAAUUUGAGAAAUGUUGUGUGUACAAAUGUUUUUUUUUUUGUUUUGUUUUUUUUUGUACAGCCUCUUUGUAAAAACGUUUGCAUGUUGUGUACCAAUCAAAGACUUUUAUCUUUUAUACAUUUGGAGUCUUUUU